AUAAAAGUAAAACUUUUGAACUUAUCCGAGAAUAAAGAAAAGGUUUAAAAUUUCAUAAUGGACGACGAUAUCUCUUCGGAGAAUAGCGUUAACAGUAUUUUGAACAAUGAAGUUGAAGAUUCAGAUUUGAAUUUUGCUGAGAUGUGUGUUCAAUCGGAAUCCUUCAUACACAAUAUGACUUUCCCUAAUAAUGAACUUCCAAACGGUUUUCAAUACAAUGGUUCGCAAGAAUGCUUUUACAACUUAAUUCCCAAUGAAGCCUGUCCACAAUCUUCUUCUUCCAAUUGCAAGAAUGAUUUGAAAUCUGUGGGAUCCAAUCCUUUUAUAAAUUUUUUGCGGGAUUUCAGAUUGGAUCAUAAAGAUAUGGCAGUUAUAAACGCCGUACAAUGUGGCGCAGCAGAGUGGAGAAAUUUAGAAACGGCUACUAAAUUGGCGUAUUUCAAAGAGGCAUUUGUAGCCAACGGGGGAAAUGUAGAUGAAGAAGCAUGUGAUGAUAUGAAUGCAAGUGGAGAGGAGCUUGUUGAUGAUAACUGUAGUGAAAUGUUUAAUGAAAUAAGAUCACCUCCAAUUCGCUCUGCUGUUGCCAAACCGAAACGCUGUAAAAAACGUAAGCGUGGAAAGCGCGCUGAAAAGCGUAAAGUACUUGGUCAACCGGGACGUAAAGCCUGCAAACGUCGUUAAAACCGUAGCUAAUGCGAUAUAGUAUAUAAUAAAUUACUAUAUCACAACUAAGAAUAUGAAACUAACAACUAUUGCAGACUAUCAAUUUAAAAUUCUAGUAUUUAAAAAAUCCUAAUGAUGUAUAUUGAUACAGUGAUUAACAUUUUGAAUAAUACAUUAAAAUGGAUUUUUUUUCAAAUACUAAAUCUAUAAUUGACAAAAACAUUUUCGAAAUAAAAGUGAAAAAAUUGAAAAUCGUGAAAAAAU